CUUCAGAUUUUAUUUUCCUCCAUUCCGAAGCAUCUUGCAUUGACUCUCGCGAUCAAAUACCACUAUUGCGAUAUUCGCCAUUUCUGGCAUCACAAUGGCCUGUGUUCAUUCUGUACUCACCAUUUUGAUUGAAUUGGCUGAUGGGCGAAUAUAAUCAGCACGGUUGUCGAAAGGGUUGGAGUUGGAAAAAAGAUGAAAGUUCCGACAAGAGAAAAGUUGUGGGCGUAAUUGUAGCCGAUGUGGGCUAAAAUUCGCUUGUGAACCCUUGCAGGUGCUUUGGUGGGGUACGAAUCAGGAAGUCUCAAACUGAGGUGGGCGACGACUUGUGAAGGUCCCACUUAUCUGGUUCAGAUAAAUGCCCGUUUCCUAAACCAAAGUACUUUGUACUUCUGUGCCGUGGGAUGGCUUGCAUCAACCGAGGCAUGUCUUGGGGGUCAUUGACUACAAUUACAAUGAGAAUCUAGGCGACAUUUUUAGCUUUCAUACACUUGGUAGAAUAAUGAUACAUCUUCUUAUAUCAAAUAUAUGAUAGUAUACAUUAAGACGCUUAUACUAUUAUAUGGUAAUGUAUAAAAGCUUUGAAAGACUCGGACGUCAUAAUGGUAGCCCAUAAACAACCAAAAGUGCUCCUAUUUGACAUCGGAGGAGUCUGUGUCAUCUCGCCUUUUCAGUCCAUAUUAGAUUAUGAACUGAGUCUAGGGAUCCCGCCAGGAUGGAUUAACCACUCAAUAUCAAAAACUGCACCUGAAGGUUUUUGGCAUAAGCUAGAAAGGGGGGAAAUUCUCCUAGACGAUGCAUUUUAUGCUGGUUUUAACAAAGACCUUCAUGAUCCGACGAGGUGGGCCUCAUUUUACAAGGUCCAGCAGUCAAAGAACCCGAACCUCUCCAAGGAAAUUCCUCCAGUCCCGAAGCUCGAUGGGCGCUGGCUUUUCAACGAUAUGAUGACUUCUUCGACAGAUCUAGACCCGUGGAUGUAUCCAGCGCUUAAGAACCUGAAGGCUAGUGGGAAGUUCAUCCUCGCCGCAUUGAGUAACACCGUCAUCUUCCCACCUGGCCACGCGCUCCACCAGCAGGAUUUCUUCUCUGACCCGCUUCGGAGCUUAUUUGACGUUUUCGUGUCGUCUGCACACGUAGGGUUGCGGAAGCCGGACUCCAAGAUCUAUCAGUAUGCGCUGAACGAAGUAGAUAAAUACGCCAAGUCUCAUGCCGACGAGGAAAAAGGUCGAUCAUUGGGCUGGCAAGACGGGGUAAAGCCAGAUGACAUUGUCUUCCUCGACGAUAUCGGCGAGAAUCUAAAAGCGGCCAAGACGUUGGGUUUCCGAACUAUAAAGGUGCCCCUAGGAAAAGCAUUUGAAGCAGUCGAUGAGCUAGAGGCUAUUACAGGCCUCAAGUUAGCUGGUGACCACCCUAGGAUACCUAUUAAACCGAGGAUAGGCGGCACGCAUGCUAAAUUGUAGAUUCACGCGCAAGGGGAUUGGCCUUGAUGCUAUGUUUGGAGAAAUAGAAAGUCGGUAGAGAAGUGUAAUUGAAUAUAUCACGUUAUUUGGGUGUA